UACUGCAAAACAGUGCGAUUACCAUGCUGAUACUUUAUCUGUUAAAUCACAGCUUGAUGAUCGCAGGCAAUGCCUUUGAUUUGAUACAAAGUAUCCUUUGACUCAUGUAUCAAUUACCAUUUGUUGUGUCUACGUUAUAUGCUCUCUUGCUCUAUAUAAGUCCGUCUGUCUCGCAAAUGCACACUAAAAAAAAAAAAAAGAAAAACGCCAAAGUCGUAUGAAGGCGGGAGAAUCCAGAACAAGCCGUAUACUCAUGGAAGGCAGUUUCUAUCCUUAUAGGUCCAUCCUUCGGUUCGACCCACCAGCGUGAUGGACUCAAAGCGGUACGAACGCAGCGCCAGAUCGAAUACCGAAUCGCCACCCACUCCGCCCUCGCCUCCCAUGUAUAGCACAGGUUAUACCACGACACAUGACAGCCACAAGAGCAGAGUCGCAGGUACGCGACGUUCACCUUCGCCUGCCAUGGACCACCAUCGAAGCAGUAGAUCCUCACGGAAUGACUCACCGCUCCAGGAGCGACGUAAGCGCCGCCGUAGCGGAUCCAGAUCGUCCCCAGUACGCUCCCAUAGACGGUCCAGGUCCAACGACAGAGACCGGGAUCGCGACAGAGAAAGAUCACGCAAGUACUCAAGAAGAGACAGAUCGCGUUCGAGGUCGCGUGGUAGGUCUCGUUCGAGAGACAAGAAACGAAGUCGCAGUCGUAAUCGCAGCAGAGAUAGAGACAGGCACAGGUAUAGGGAGAGUCGCAGGCAUCAUGCCAGGGGAACCUCCUACGAAUCCGAUGCCUUGGAGGAACACGGAGAGAUAGCGAUACACCAAACGGCCGCUAUUGUCCCACAACCGAAUGCCUUCAAGAAUGACGGUAGUUUUAUGGAGAUGUUCAAAAAGAUGCAGGAACAGAUGCAACCUACCAUGCAAAAACCCACUACUUCGGUCUUGGAGGAAAAGCCUGUAAUACCGCCGCCGUUGAUGGUGGGCAAGAGGAGGGGUGGUAGGAUCUUAAAGACUGGUGUGGUAGCGAAACCAAAGACAGAACAGACAGCAGAACAGCCGAAGGACGCGUGGUCCCUAUAUAUGGCAGAAGUAAAGAAGUAUCGGGAGGUUUGCUGCCAGGAAGAGGAUAACACGCGACCAUUGGUUAAAUAGCUUCGACAAUUCGUCUUUACAUACAUUGGCUCAUUACUUUUCGUCUAAGACACUUAUAGUUGAUAGUUAAUUCUUAAAACAACAGAUACUUCUCAAAUGCACCUUUCGUUCAUUUUGUUUCGCUAUGAGCUUUUAUGUUCAUUUAAAAUAAGAUGUCUUUUUCAACGAUCUGAACGAAAGAGAAUAGAGAAGAGAACAAGUGCCGUGAGAAACGGACUCAUUUGUGAUACAGUGUCGUGUAUGUGUGUGUGCUUUGAGAGACGAAUGGACAAGAGCGAGAGAGAAAUGAUAGAAUUUACAUUUACGGGCAAAUAAAGGGGCUUAAAGGAGGAAGGGAGAGAGAGGAGAUGAAAUGCAACACGAAUUCAUACUGAAAUUUAGAGAUUAAAUCAU